AUGUUGGCGCUGAAACAGGAUACGCUUAGUGCAGUGCCUACGCUCAUGAUUGACAGUUUGAUUGAUGACCGCUGCAAACAGGCCAUCAUGUACAGGGCAGCCAAAGAAGGAAGCUCAAGUGGAGCUGCCAUACCAGGUCGCAGCUGUAAGAGCAAGGAGCGCAGGAUCUCUGGCGAAGACACUCCGGCCCCACGGUCGAGCUCCGAGGAGAGGCCAGCCACUGGCCUCCGUGUGGAGCCUGAAUUGGCAUCUCGUCGGUGCAGCAGCCAUGAGGAAGUGACAACACUGAAGCGGUGCACGGAUAUUCCUCUAUGGCAUCUGGAAGCAGUGGCCGAGCUGGGGCGCCUGGGGAUGACUCAAAUCGCGACUUGAGUCCACACCCACCGCAACCCAAGAGGCGUGAAAUUGAGACACCGUCCAGCCCCUGCCCAGAGAGCUCACAAGAGUGGCGCGAGGCCUGCCGGAAUGCAGAGCGGCCUAACCCGCUGCAUUUGCAAGAUGUUCGGUACCAGAGCACACGACCCAAGGCAGCUGAAGAGGGCUCUGCAGACCGCCCCAUGGCGGACAUUGAUCAGCCCUGUCAUCCGCCAUGUGAUGGGCGGGAGGCUAAUGGGGGCCCAGAGGAAGCAGAUGGCUCAGUACCGAACACUCCCAGCACUCUGAGCAAAGACAGCAUCCCACCGCUGGACCUCAACAGCUUCCGU